GAGGUGGCCGUAGUCCCAGAGUAUGGGAGGGGUCCAGUUGGAGUGUGAUAUGGAGGUGUUGGGGAGGGAUGUGGUCAAAGAGUGGGAGUGCUCUAGGAAUGUAGUACCUUCUGCAUUCGAUAGUCACUUCCACUUGGACCGGAGUGGUCGAGUGCUCAUGGUUUAUUCACUGAAGAGGUUAAUAGGGCAUGCUGAGGGGCCUGUCCCGGAAGUGCCAGUGCAGGUGAGUGGUGGAGUUGUCGUUUUCUGCGAUCCUGCCACUUACCCAGAGGUAUACCCUUGUGCACCUGGUUUCGGGUCGGCCGUUGGGCUGCAUCCGAAAAAACCUCAUGCCAGUGUUGAAGGAGCAGUGAGGUUGGUAGAGGCGGAGUUGAGAAAGGAGGGGGUGGUGGCUCUGGGGGAAAUAGGUCUAGACUGGACCACACCUGAACAGGAAUGGCCCUUGCAGGAGCGCAUGAUUGUGGGGCUGCUGGAGCUGGCUUGUCCUAGACGGCCAGUGAUUUUGCAUCUCCGGGGGCAGGACAGAUACUCAAGUGAGGUUAGUGCCCUCGCCCUUCGGUUGAUGCGAGAAAACACCAGCCCCACACAGCUGGUGCAUCUGCACUGUUUUGGUGGUAAUCUGGAUCAGGUGCUUGGGUGGUCGACGGCUUUCCCUCGGUGCUACUUCAGCAUCGCUGGAUCAGUUGCCCAGUUCGACGAGAUACAGCGAGCAGCUGUUCGAAGGAUCCCUCUGAAUCGUCUGUUGGUAGAAACUGAUUCGCCAUACCUGCCGGUACAGCGAAAGUGGCAUAACACCCCAUCUUAUGUUGGAGAGGUUGCCCGGACGGUUGCACAGAUCCGACAGACGACCCUUGACGAAAUCCUCCAGGCCUCGCUGGAGAAUGGAAGGUUGCUCUAUAACCUGUAAGGCUCGUCCGGCGGAUAAAUGUUUAGUGUUAUGUGUUGUUAAUGUGAAUAAAUGUCCAAUGUUUAGUGUUGUGAUGAUGUUGAUGAGCGGAUUGGUGGAAGGUGGAAGUGGUCCAAGAGUGGGAGUUGUUUAGAAAUGCAGCGCCAUCUGCAUUUGGUUGUCAUUCCCUCUGGAGCCAAGUUUAAGUAGCCGGUAUUGCGGGUCCAGUGGACUCGUACACCGAGAAAAAAGAGGAGGGGGGGGGGAGUGGUGAAUGGAUUGGUGUGGUUUUGGCCAGAUUUCUGGUGGGUCAUGUGGGGGAAGGGAUAUGAGCUGUGUGGUGUAAUAUAUGGUGUAACCUGGGGACGGGCAGCUCAGUGGGUGGGAAUAAAUAAUUUUAAUAUUCUCCUGAUGACUUAAAUGCCUUAGAUUUGGUUAUGUAUUAAAAAAUUAUAGGGUUAAACCUUAGACGGGGAUUGGAAAGCUAGAUUGGGCUAGGGAGGGGGGCUUGUUAGAACGGGGAGGAGUGUGGUGGAGACCGGUUUGACUCGACAGUCCGGACCCCAAACGCGGUGACUUCUGGGAAAUAGUCUUCAGUUCCGGUCCUGCUAUUCUUAGAAGUAUUCUGUAUUUACGUUCUCCUUGGAAAUCCAAGAAUAUCCUGGACGUUACUCAGUGCAAGUAAUCCAAGACAGCGACAAAGCGUAAGUGCAGUUCUUCAUCUAUUGUCUAGUUUACAAUACGUGUUAUACUAAAUUAAUGAAGAUGUUUCAUUACUAGAGCAAAAUACGAUCACAAUCAACCUAUAUCAUUUUGAUAUCAUUUUGAUAGCGAUUUUACCCAGACUAUUAAUACAUUUAUCACUAUACAGGGAUGUUCACUAGCAUAAACGCAUGUUGGCAUGGAUGCUGUCACGAUUCACAAAUUCGGAUGUCCACCUUUAGGCAGCAUUUGGCCAGUCACUAUCAAUACCCUUCGCGUGGAUAUUUACUGGGUGACAGCGGUUAUCCGUGUCGUCCUUUUCUGAUGACGCCUUUCCUGCAGCCAGUGUAAGAAGCUUAGCAGAGAUACAAUGCCGCUCACAUCGGCACACGGAAUUGUACAGAAAGAGCCUUUGAAAUUUUGAAAAGGACGUUCCAUGUACUCCAUGGGGAGGAAAAUCAACAGCGUCUGUUCCAUUUCUGGUGGACAUGAAGGCCAAAACAAAAAGGAAAAAAUCAUCAACGACAGUUACAAGAAACAUCAAAGCCAUAAGUAUAUGAGUGGUGAGGGUGAGUUAAUAUUUUCUCUUUAAAUGUCAACAGAUGCAUUCUUGCAUCUUCUAGCAUGCGAAAUUUGAAAAUAUUUUGACUAAAAAAUAUAUCGAACCUGAUGGGCAACAUCUCCUUUUGUCACAAUGUUUUCAAGGACCAAUUAUGUAUUAAUCCUUUUUAAAAAGCAUGUGUGCCUAAACCCCAAAUGUGUCUGCAUACACUCAAAAUAAGAUUGUUUUGGAUCAU